AUGCUGAUUGUCCGGUUGGCUCAAGCGGUUUUUGGUAUUACCAAGAAUAUCAAGACCCUCAGCUACAUUGGUAUUGUUAAUGAUGUGGUUGAAGAGGUGCAUAUUUGGGGUGAGACAGACAAAGAUGCUCGUCGCGUGGAAUGGACAUCGCAGCGCUUGGCACUAUGUAACAUGGAAUGGGAUCGGAUUUCGGCAGCCGAUAUUUUUGUUUUAAUCAGUUCAUUCAAACUGCCCGCUCCAACUGCUAAGUGCAGUAAAAACUUCUGGGCCUUCGGCACACAUAAAUCAGUACAGUGGGAGACCUGA